AUGGUAGCAAAACAAAGAAUCCGGAUGGCAAAUGAGAAGCACAGCAAAAACAUCACUCAGGGGAACGUGGCCAAGACACUGCGACCACAAGAAGAGAAAUAUCCUGUAGGCCCAUGGCUCUUGGCACUCUUUGUAUUUGUUGUUUGUGGAUCAGCCAUUUUUCAGAUCAUUCAAAGUAUUCGAAUGGGAAUGUGA